UAAGCAACAACAUCACAGGGUAAUGCAGCUUCCCAGCAUGCCAUUAAUCUCCGUCUGUGGACCGUCUGACCGUCACCCAGGGCUGCCUUCAUCCGUCCUGUCACCCGAAGCGGGACUCCGUGUCGGACCGGCUGGGUCUGGACUCUGGGUGUCUCCGGUAGCGGGAUGAGAGCGACAUAGUGAUAAAGGAGCGUCUCCUCCUCGUUCUUUCUCCCUCUGAGCAGAAGCGGAGCUCGGCUCCUACCGGCGGAGAUAUGAGGAACCCACUGGCCGAUGUCGCCCUGACAUUCUGGCUUUUUCUAGAGUGUGUUGAAGCCAAAAAGUACUGCUGGUAUUUUGAAGGCGGAUACCCCAUCUACUUCAUAUGUCGCUCCUAUGAGGACUGCUGUGGGACUCGCUGCUGUGUGAGAGCUCUGUCCAUCCAGAGACUAUGGUACUUCUGGGUGCUGCUGAUGAUGGGGGUAUUGUUCUGCUGCGGUGCCGGCUUCUUCAUCCGCAGAAGGAUGUAUCCGUCCCCUCUGAGAGACGAGCCGGCCUUCAACGUCUCUUUCACCAGGCACCCUGUCACCACACCAGUUUCCCAGCAGCCAGGAAGUAUGCAGGGCUUCGGCGUCAAUGGGAUGACAGGUGGUGACCCAGGGCUUACCAUGACACACCCGGCGUAUCCGGCACAGCCUGGCUCUGCACACAUGAUGAUGGGCUCCUAUCCUCCACCUCCGUCCUACUGCAACCACCCACCUCCACCCUACGAACAAAUAUUUCAAAACAGCGACAAGAAGUAACGUCUGCCGGGAACCGAAGAGAUGGAACUAAAAAGGGGAAGGAAGGAGCCAGAGGCUAAAUUAUCAGGAAGUUCUGAUGAAGAUGAGGAACUUAACUGUUUGGGGAUGUAAGACACACACAAUCUCUUGUCCAGCAGAAAAGACCAAAAGAGGCACAAUAACCAGAAUCUAGAUGCACAGGCACACACACUCAUUCACUCACACUGCUUCAUCUACUCUUGAUUUCUGUGGAUCUGUGUACAGUGUGUGCCAGCCAUGUUGAACUGAAGAUGAGCAGUGAUGGACACAUUUAGGUCGAGGUUUUGGAUUCACCCACAGUGCAACUAACUACAGCUGUAACAGUGCAGAAUGGAUGACGGUCAAACUCCUGUUGUAAUAAAAUGCUGGAUACUGGAUACUCUCACCAGACAGGGUUUUAACAUUUAACAAAUAUAUCAACUAUCAAAUUGAUCAAAUCAAAGAUACAUGAUUGUAAAAAAGGACUAUCUCUGUACAAGGAUGAUAUUUUCUAUCCAGCAUUUUACUGCAAGAUAGGUCUUUACUAAAUGAUGAGUUCUUGAUACAUUUUUUAUUACUGUAUGUGAAGUCCUGUUACGUAAUGACAUAAUGAGCUAGUCUCUGUGCUUCUCUUAGCAGCAAUGUAGGCUUAAGUUCAGCACAAGAUGAGUCACAUUGAGUGACGCUGAGAUGGAAGAGUGGCUGACAAUGUGUCACUAGUUGUAGGGUCAUAGUCACUUCGAUAAUCAGCAUGCCGCAUGCUGCUCUGCUGGCAUAUGGGACAUAAAAGUGGCAUGUUCCAAUUCUGCCACGAGCCACAUUUAACUUUAGAUCCUGUGCUGUCUGAAAGUAUAAAUUGGUAGUUUAUGCCGUAACAUUAUACUGGAAGACAAGCACUCCUUGAAGGUAGCCGUCACUGAUGAGAUCAACACCAUGCUUUUCUAACAGCUCACCCAGUGAGGCUAUUGGUAGCUACUUUAGUCCUGUACAGCAAGUGUAGGAAAAUCAAAGAAAAUCACCAUAUAACACUAAAACACUUAAGUCCUGUUUACAUGACACAGUUUUUCUAAAAAUGGAAACGUUUUUCCUUUGUUUUAAAAAAGUUAAGUAGGUAACCGAGUAACUUUGCAACUCAACACCCCGCGUCAGCAUACAAACUCUUUCCUCUACAGCACAGUGAGUGUAAACAGGAAGAGAAGGUGGCAAACGCGCACUGGAAAACUGACUAUUUUGGUGACUCUGGAUUAUAAGGCAUCCAAAUUUCAUACCGAUGGUAUCCCCCAAAUUCCACCAGGCUGCUGGAGCUAAUUGCACCUGUUCUAGACAAUGCAUGUGAUUCAGCCAGAGUCUCUCCACUCUGCUCCACAUAGAAUACACGGCUGGUCUACUUUUGACAGAAGCCGUGACCCACUCACAACAAGCAGCACAGAGACAGAAACAGCAUAGAGACUCUGGGCAAUUUUCAAAAUGAAAUACUGUGUGCAGACUCUGGAUUGAAUUUGCUAUAUCAUCGUUGUGACACCAGGUCAGAAGUCAGUCAGUCAGAGGAGAUAUGAAGUGGAAUGACACAACUUUUUGUAUCCUUUUUAAGGACAAAAGAAGCAAGUAAACAACGAAUGGCAGGCAAGACACUUCUAAAAACACUCGGUGCUCACGUACCAAAACUGCGUCAUAGGUACCCAGUGACAUUUUGUGGGUUAGGGUAGCGUUUCAAAAGUUUGUGUUUUCAAGCCUCCAAAACAGAAAUGCCAAACCACAACAAAAGUUGACUGUUUUCUGCAAAAACCGUCAUGUAAACAGGGCCUAAAAGGAGUGGCAUACAAUCAGGCACUGUCCCAUCUUGGCGCAGCUGCAUGGACCCACAAGAUGAUGUGACAUAGCACUGUACGAUCACAACAGAUAAAUAUUUAGGUCAAAUUGAAAUAAGAGUAAAUACCCGAAGGGACGUAUUGCCAUGAGUGUCAGUGCCAAAAGCCUUGUGCACCAAGCUGCUUCCCAGAGUGGCUCAGGGCACCUUUAGGAAACCAUUACUCUGCAUCCUCUCUGCCUGCACGUCCAGUGGAAAGCCAGUGAAGGAAAAUGAGUUGCUUGAUACUGUUUUGUCAUUACCUAACUUCACGUUUUUCUCUCUAAGAUUUAUGUAAAGAUUUUAACUUUUUCCACGUUGCUGCAACAAGCCUCUCAAGUGCAUUAAAGGUAAAUUAGUGAAUUAUUUCUCCCAAUCCAGGAGGAAUAUAGUAAAGUUGUAACAGUUUCUGCUUCAGUGAAUCAAACCUUAAUUGCAAUCCAAGAAGUUUUUUUCAGUGCAGUUAUUUCGAAUAUCUGGUGAAACUCAGCACAAAAGGAGCCAAACGGGACUGAGAGGGAAAAACCUGUGUUAUAAACUAAAUCUACCACAACGGUCCAGUUUGUAGUAAUAACAAGUACAGUUAACCUCCGGACAUACUUUCUUGGCACCUUUUAUGUUGCAAAUUCUAAGGUGUGUUUUGGAAAGUGCUUCCAAAAUGUAAAGGAAUAGUUUGACAUUCUGGGAAAUGUGACUAGUCAUAGUCCUACUAAAUAUGGAGCUGGCAAUUAGCUAGCAGAAGAGUUAACAGCGUUUAUGAGGAAAAAGUUAAAAAUAUAUACCUCAUUAAAUAAACAUGUUUAAUUUGUGUACAAACAGAAAUGCAAAGAUGACAGUUUGUGGUUUUAGUGGCAGUUCCUUCACUGCACCCAGCUGCUGUUGGCCAAGAAUGUUGAACUAUUCCUCAAACUUUAGUUUGCUUGCUAUGAUGUCACAAAAACAGGAUUUAUGCUAAGAGGGAAAGCUAAGCCUACACUGCACGAGUAAACAGCUAGCCUACCAGCACCUCUAAAACUCACUGUUGGACUAUUUCUCAGCCAGAACCAGCGACUUCCUGGACUCUCCACUGGUUGCCUGGCAACUUAACAGCGACUUAUCCUAGCCUAGACCCACAUCAAAAACACAAUGUGUCAUUUUAACAAUUUGAUUGUUACAUUGUGAGUUUCAGAGGCGUUGGUAGGUGGAUAGUGUUACCUUUGGUCAGAGCCAGGCUAGCUGUUUCUCUGUGCCUAGUCUUUAUGCUAAGCUAACCAGUUGCUGGCUGUAGAUUAUUGCACAAACAUGGGAGUGGUAUCAAUAUUUUCAUCUAACUCUCAACAAGAAAACAAAGAAGCUCUUUUUCUCAAAAUAAUAAUAUUCUUGCCAUCACUGUUAUUGUUGGAAUAUACCUUCUGGCCACCACACUGAAAAAUGUUACUUUAUACAAGUAUUCAAAAUAGCCGACUAAUUAGAUUAUUGGAUUUUAGGCAGCCAGUAAAGUCUCAAACAAACCCUGCUAUCAAACCCUGAUCCCCGUUGAACUGACACAUUCUUACUGAUGGUCUGUUAAAGCUUGUGUUUGUAAAAAGGUGAUAUUUUAGCUCCAGUGUGUACAGUGAUGUGGUCAUUUAGAACAGAAUGACCACUUCCAGUGGACUAACCUGUGCUUUUGGUUCUCUUUUGGGCGUUUGUGCUGCAAUAAAUACCUAGGUGAUGAUGAUGAUGAUGUGGUAGUUCUGAGAGGUAGCUGAGCUCUUUCUGUAGCGUAGUUCCGUCCCCACUGCCAUCCCAUCCAUACACACACUGAACAAACAGCAACAACUCUGAAAACACAAUGGGUCUCGUAUAAGAACAGUCAUAUUUCUCUUACUUUCUUUCUCUUUGGUUUGCUUCAGGUACAAUAGCCUGCUGUCAAACUGAUAGACUGCACAGAAUAAUCAUUUUACAUGGCAUUUCUAUUCUUAAAUCAAACGAGAGCUUCUCCCCAUGUGGAGGAAAGCCUACCAUCUCUUGGUGUCUUUCCCACUCCUGCUUUCAUUCAUACUUUAGAGAAAAUACUAAAUAAACUGGUGAAUCACCAGUACGUUUGUUUCUUACAUGAGGCCUGUUGUUCCUUGGUGUACUUAUUGUAAUUAAAUCUGAUGACCGUUCCACAGUUUGUGGACCUCAGGCUGUUGACAUUUCCACGUUUAAAAUUGCCUGUCUCAACCGAACCCAAUAGCCUUGGUUUGGUGUCUUUUUAAGGAAAGUAAACUUUUAUUUUGUGGCUUGCAUGGCUAAGUUAAGUUUAAAGAAUAUUAAUAAAAGAAAAUAAAAACAUUGCCAAUAUAUGUGUGGUAAAAUCAAGAGUGUUCAUCCUUUUUAUGGCACAAAUAUGCUUCCACCUUAUGCUGUUCAGAGGAUGAACGUGCUCUCUGAGGACACUUUUAGUCAUUUCUUACACAAGUAGAAAUUCUGACCUGACGGGGGGGCUAAAUAUGGAAGCUCGUUUAAAACAAAGUUUCAUUUAUAAAAUUAUUAUUAUUAUUAUUAUGAAAUGAUGAAUGGCACCAGCAUAGCCUGUAUUAACCCUUCCAAGUCCUGCCCCUGUGGAACCUCGGUCAACUUCCUCCUUUCCUUGUACUUCCUGACAAUUUAUGUACACAUUUUGUUUUGACUUUUAAAUGUCUGUUUUUUUGUUUGUUUGUUUUUUAAAGUUAUUUUUUCGGCCUUUUGUUGGCUUUAUUGAUAGAGACAGCUGUAGAGAGACAGGAAGGGUGGGUGGAGAGAGGGGAUGACUCACAGCAAAGGGCCGCAGGUCGGAUUCAAACCCGGGCCGCUGCAGCAACUCUGUAUAUGGGUCACCAGCUCUACUGACUGAGAUAACCAGGCGCCCCUUAAAUGUCUGUUUUAUCUUGUGACAAAGAAAAAACAAUGUAAAAAUUGCAGUAACAACAAAAUCCAACCAAAAACCUCUCAGAGCUUCAGCUGGAGUUACUGCUGCUUCAGUGGCUGUAAAUCCUCAAUUCAACCAUUUAAGGACAAUCUUCAUGUUCUCCAAUGACAACUCUUACUGACUUCAUCUGUGUAUUUUUGGCUGAGCCCAUUGUAGCAAAUAGUAAGAAUAGUUUGGAUAUUACUGUGCUAGUGCUAGCUAAGUAGACAGGACAAGCUAUUAUUGUGCUAAUCAAAAUAAAUGUCAUAGUUUAAUCCUCACAAAAUAAUUCCUUUUACUCAGUUACUCAUCUGUCUCAACGUUUUACAUCUGAAACAUAAAUUAAAUUAGAAGUCCAGAUUUGAUGUAAGGACAUAAUCAGAGUUUCUCUUUGCACUAGCUGUUUAUGGCAGGAUCUGCAGCUUUGCGGUCAUAGCUCAACUUAAUUACCGAGAUAUCACACAACCGCUGUUUACUGAGAACACUUUUGGUAGUGUAAUUACUGCGGUUAGCAUUUGUAAGGCCAUUUUGUUAACAUCAGCAAUUAAAUUAACAAGCUAGCUAGCAAGUAAUGUAACUAGUUAGCUAGCUGGCUAAUGAUUAAUGAUGUGUCUUUUACCUAUCUCCAAAACUUGGUUUCAUAGAUUAGCCUAGCACAUAUCAUACCAAGCACAGGAAAAGAGACAGCUGGCCGAGGUUCUGACUGAGGUUAGCUCAACUGCUAUUGGAGCACAGAGUGAAAAGGGGCGGGACUUAAGAAGGGUCAGCUGGCACUUUAUUAGAAUAGUUCAGUUCAUACCCUGUGCCCAUUUUCACUUUUAAAGAGUGUUUUAUGAGGUUGUGGAGGAGAUUCUCACGCUCCUGUCCUGGUCCAUCCUUGUCACUUGUGGUGUUCACUGUGAAAGAACAUGUGCAGUGCACACACCUCUGUAGAGUUGAUGGAAGGCCACCGAAGAGACACUUCUGAUCCCAAUCUGGUUUCUGGUCUCCAGUCUCCCACAAGAAACAGUAGCAGGUUUUGGGGUAAGACCAGGGCCCCGUGCAGUAACACAGUGUCUUUGGGCGUCGUGCUGUGUGUUCCCAAUAUCCAACAGCCUAACAUUAGAGAGGCAGGUAUUCUGUUUUAUCAGGUCAAACUAUGCAACAGGUCCUGGAGUUGUUUAAGCCUCUGUCUGCUGUUUUUAUCCUCUCCUUGUUAACCUCUUCUCUUUCUCUUCUGCUCUUCUGCUUUGGACAUAAAAUACCAUCAUACAUUGUGACAUAUGUAAAUAAACUGCACUUCUGAUACAAUGUG